AAUGUUUUAAAUCUGAGAAAAUCCCGACAAGCCCACGCGGUUUCUCAAGACUUUUUAAGCACUUCCCACGUAGUGGGCUUUUUACAGCUAUUUCUCAGGUUGGGAAACCCCCGGACUGAGCUUUGUAACUUUUGGGAGCACAAUGGAUGGACUGCAAGAAUCAUUUGAUUAUCUGAGCAGCGUAUCUCUGCAAGAUUUGGACAACCUUAUUGGAUCUUCUUCUUGUCUGUAUAGCGUGGGCUAUUCUUCACCAAACAUUGGAACACCCCAUCUGAAACCUUCUGCCAUUAAUGUCGGUGAUGCAGAUGCUUGGAGCUUCACAACAGCUGAAACAUUGUGGAAGGGGGGGGAUUCGUACACUACUAUUCCCAGGUCUCUUGGGGGCGUUGAGACGGCUUUUAAUAGUGUAAUGGGAAAUGCGAGUGCAGAAGAUCUGAUAUGGGAUGGAAGAGGAGUUCAUUCAGAGGGGAGCAGAAUUUCAAAGAAACAAGAAGAUUGUUUUUCUGAUGGGAGCGAAGGAUGGAUUGCAGAGCGCACAAAAGAAACCAAGAAUCUUGUUUCAGAGAGGAAGAGACGCAAAAAGCUGAAUGAGAGACUUUAUGCCUUGCGCUCCCUCGUCCCUUAUAUAACUAAGAUGGACAAAGCCUCCAUUAUAGCAGAUGCAAUUAAGUAUAUUGAAGAUCUCCAAAAGCAAGUCAGAGAUAUUGAAGCUGAGAUAGCCGGCCACUGCCCCACCAAUGAAUGCUCUUCGAAUUCUUCAUGCAUGACGUCAGCUACUGCUGACGUGGAUGACUGUCACAUCCCCAAAACCAAUAUUCCAACUCCCAUUGCUCUUCACACUGACAUUUCCAAGAUAGAGGAAAGAACAUUUCAUAUCAGGAUACUAUGCAAAAAGGAGCCACGCGUACUGUUACAGCUGACAAAGGCCCUAGAGUCUGUAAAAUUAUUGGAUGUGCAGAGUUCUAAUGUUACCUGCAUUGAUGGUAACAUCAUCCAGACCCUUAUUGCAAAGAGUAAAGAAGUGAAAGAAGAUGCACUUAAACAUGCCAUCAUGGAUGCAGCUGUUAACUAUGGUUUCUGCAAAUCCUGAUUGGGCUGCUCUUGGGUUUCUUAUAUUACAAGCUUUACUUCACUGUCCCACUGAUUAUUUCAUCUCUGUGAUGGGUUGCCCUAUGUGAUUUUGACAUUAAGGAUAGUUAUAGGUGGGAUAAAAAAGUAUUUGGGCUUUUGUUAUGCACUGUGUAGAAACAUGAAAUCUCUGAAAGAAUCUACUGUAAUGAACAAUAAAAGUGCUGGAGCAUCUCUUCCAGUUGUCUCCGAAGAGGAUUGAAUUAUCUGAAUGUGAGUUUUAGCUUAUUUGACAGCUCAAUUUAAUGAAUUCUUAUUUAAA